AUGGCUCGAUUGGUGUUUUCAUUGAACCUUGUUCCGUCUAGUCACGGAUUCAAUCUCAGUCCUCGAAAUCAUCAAACUUUAUUCGUUACCCAAACAGGAGGAGCUCCUCGGUUUCGUGGUGUUCGUUGCCAAGCAAACCCAGAAUCGUCUUCUGAUUCCCAGGAGAAAUUGGUAGUCGACGAUGCCUCGAAGGAAGUGGAAUCAUCACAAGCUGCUGCUUCUUCUUCUUCUGGGUUUCCUGAAUCACCCAAUAAGGAUAUCAACAGAAGAGUCGCUGCUGCUUCUGUAAUCGCGGCUUUGGCGUUGUUUCUAUCGACAAGGCUCGAUUUUGGGAUUUCCUUGAAGGACUUGACCGCUGCAGCGUUGCCUUACGAGGAGGCUUUGUCGAAUGGGAAGCCGACAGUGGUAGAGUUCUAUGCAGAUUGGUGUGAGGUUUGCAGAGAACUAGCUCCUGACGUUUACAAAAUCGAGCAGCAAUACAAGGACAAAGUAAACUUUGUGAUGCUGAAUGUGGACAAUACGAAAUGGGAGCAAGAGCUGGAUGAGUUUGGAGUUGAGGGUAUUCCUCAUUUCGCCUUUCUUGAUAGAGAAGGGAACGAGGAAGGUAACGUGGUAGGGAGGCUACCGAGACAGUAUCUAGUUGAGAAUGUGAAUGCGCUUGCAGCCGGGAAGCAAUCGAUUCCUCAUGCGCGAGCCGUGGGACAGUACACGAGCGCCGAGUCUCGAAAGGUGCAUCAGGUUACUGAUCCUUUGAGCCAUGGAUAG